AUGGAUUCAACCGAUAUUCGUGUAAUUUUCUUAUAUGAGUAUAAACUUGGUAAUAAUGAUGCAAAAGCUGCACGUAAUAUAAACAAGACGUUUGGGAAGAAUACUGUGAAUGAUCUAAAAGCGCAGCGUUGGUUUGAAAAAUUUCGGUUUGGUGAUUUUUCCCUGCAAAAUGAACCGCGUGGAAGACCCGAAACGUCUGUGAAAAAUGAUGCUCUGAAAGCAUUGGUGGAAACGAAUCCAACUGUUUCUUCAAGGGAACUUGCUGCAAGAAUGGAAGUUGACCAUACAACAAUAUUGCGACAUCUUUCUGAAAUUGGCGUGGUGAAAAAAAUGGAUAAGUGGAUACCGCACGAACUAACCAAGCGAAAUAAGCUGGAUUGCUUGAACCACCCACCUUAUUCACCGGAUCUUUCGCCAACCGACUUUCAUUUAUUUAAACAUUUAGAACUGUUUUUACGGGCUAAACAGUACGAAAAUGAAGACAGUCUGAAAAAUGCCAUAUCAGAGUUCAUUGAUUCUAAAGAUCAGAAUUUCUUCAAGACAGGCAUCUAUGCAUUAAAAUCUCGUUGA